AUGAAGACCGCUCUCGCCCUCCUGCUGUUCAUCUCUCUGGCCUGUCACAGCCACGGCCUCAAAUGUCACACGUGCGUGGCGUCCAAUGACGACGAUUGCAACCGACAGGGCUCCACCCCCUGCCCUCAGUACGCUGACGCCUGCUCCACCAUCACAGGACCCAACACUGUGAUGAAGUCAUGCACUUACAAGGCUUUCUGCGACAAGGCCCAAGGCGGCAACUCUGGAGCCAAGGUGGCGUGCUGCUUCGGCGACGACUGCAACGGGCCCCACAGGAGCCACAGCCACGGGGACCACAGCGGUGCAGGGGCUCUGGCCUCCGGCCCCGUGCUGCUGAUCACAGGCUUCUUGCUGCAUGUGGCACUGAGUCAGUUCUGA